AUGGCGGCGGUGCCCGACGACGGCAAGGCAAUGGAUCUACGGUCCAACGGUGGCGCGGGGCUGGUCAUGGCGAUGGCCGUCCAAGGCGCUGCUCAGGGAGCUGCGGCGGGCGGCGCCUCGCGGCAGGCGAUAGCCGCCGCGGUCGCUGCCGCGCUCCGCACGACAUGGGCGCUGCUGGAGGGGAUCGGCUCCGAGGAGGACGCCGAGCUCGCGAUGCGCUGGCAGGCCAUGGAGCCCGCCAUGCGCCAGCAGCUGCGGGGCGCCCAGCCAGGCGGCGCCGCUCGCGCCAGGCGCAACGUCGGGGCGCAAGUCGACCUCGGCAAGGGCGUCGAGGCCUUGCGGCAGGCCCUGGCGCAGCCGCAGCGGGCCCAGCGCGGCGGGCGCUGCGGGCCCCGCGUGCCGGCGCCGCCGGGCCCGGAGGCGGCGGAAGAAACGACGGAGGACCACGCCGACGGCGUCAAGCUGGAGGGCACCACCAGCCUGGACAUCGGGGAGCCCGACGUGGACGAGUGCGAGGGCACCGACCAGGUCAUCGACACCCCCGAGGGCCAGCUGCUGGGCGAGGUCCCGCCCUCCCCACAGCUCAGCGCGGCGGUUGGCGAGGACUCGGAGCUGGACGUGGGCGAGUGCGAGGGCACCGACCAGGUCGUGAACAGUGCCGAGGUGCAGCCUGUUCCUGAGGCGCCGCGGGACGUCGAGCCUGGGGGCCACGGCGGGGGCGGCCCCGAGGAGCAGCUGAUGGAGACGGAGGUGCCGAGGGCGGCAGCUGGCGUGGUUGAGGACGAGGGCCUCUACGACGGCCAGGCCGACGGCACCCAGGAGUACAGCAUCGGCACGCUCCUGAUUCUGGAGUUCACGAUCGUGGGGCUCUUCAUACCUGAGGGCGGCACCUUGGAGGGCAAGGUGGGCGAGAGCAUCUUCAGCGACGCCGUUCAGGCUCGCGUGCGGAGCGUCUUCCUUUUCGUCCUCGGGGUGGCCUUGCUGCUGGGCGUUGCCUCCUGCCCGUCCGUCUUCUUCGACUGGGGCACGGGCCUCGCGUGCGCCCCGCACGUACUCGACAUAGAGCCUAUGCCCGACCCGUACCACGCGGCCCGCCAGGCCUUCCCGAGACAAGGUGAAGGCGAGCUCCUGGACCUGCCACUGUGGACAUUUGACAAGGAGCAGUGGCUUGAGUCCCUGGUGAAGCUGUGGAGCGAGCUGGAGCACGAGCUGGCCAGGGCUUUGCCUGGCGGGAUAGCUCGUACCAUCGAGGACGCCGAGGACGCCGAGGACAUAGCGCUGUCCUCUCGGAGGCUCGCGGAGGACAUUCGCGAGAUCGAGGCGAUGAGGCCUCACGGAUUCGAUUCUGGAUAG